UGCCCCGAGUCGGCAUGUUUUGGAAAUCCCAAAACAAACCAAUUUAGGGUUAGGGUAUUACCACCCACAACCAUGGCGGGCGCCGGAAUGCACCCGUACCACCAGCAGUGGGCGCCUCCACCUGCCCCCGCGGUGGCGCCUCCCAUGCCCGUCGAGGUCCCCAACCGCCCCCCUGGCGACGAGAUUCGAACGAUCUUCAUCACUGGUCUCCCCGUGGACGUAAAGGAGAGGGAGCUCCAUAACCUGCUGAGGUGGUUCCCGGGCUUCGAGGCAUCCCAGAUCAACUUCAAGGCAGAGCAACCCAUGGGUUUCGCUCUUUUCUCUACGGCGCAGCAUGCCGUGGCUGCCAAAGAUGCGCUUCAGGACUUGGUGUUUGACGCCGAAACGAAGUCCUCCCUGCAUACCGAGAUGGCAAAGAAGAACCUUUUUGUCAAAAGAGGUGUAGUAUCUGAGUCGAGCUCUCUUGAUCAUAGUAAAAGGCUACGAACCGGUGGAGAUUAUACUCAUGCAGGCUAUGCAGCUCCUGCUUUUCAUCAAGCACCUGUUUGGGGAACCCCAGGCUAUGUUGCACCACAUCCACCUGCACCGUACGACCCAUAUGGAGGUUAUCCAUUACCUCAAGUAGCCAUGCCUACCCCUUCUCCUAUGCCAGCACCAAGCCGUUAUUCCCCUGUUCAGAAAACUAAAGAUAAUCCUCCAUGCAAUACUCUUUUCAUUGGCAAUCUUGGCGAAAAUGUAAUUGAGGAAGAAGUCAGAGGUCUUUUCAGUGUGCAACCUGGCUUCAAGCAGAUGAAGAUUUUGCGGCAGGAGAGAAAUACAGUUUGCUUCAUUGAGUUUGAAGAUUUAAAUAGUGCCACAAAUGUUCAUCAGAAUCUGCAGGGUGCAGUUCUUACUAGUUCCAGUCGAGGUGGCAUUCGUAUUCAAUUUUCAAAGAACCCUUUUGGGCGUCGGAAGGACUCAAUCAGUGGUGCUUCAUCUGAACCUAAUGGAGUUCCUACUUAUCAGCAGUAAUUAAAGGGAUGUGUUUUUGCUCUUUUUGCUCAAUCAUGAAGACUAUGGAACAGGAACAGAUUGCAUUAUGGGAAUUAUAGUGUUGCAUCAAACUUUAUAAGCUCCCAUUAGCAUCCUUGUGUGAAUGAACCUGGUGGUCAUGAGUGCCAUUAGCAUCUUUCAUGAGGCACAGAUACUUGUAUGGCAUCAUGAUCUGUUGGUAGUUGUGCAUUGGCAUCAUGAACAUGGAUAAUGUUAAUCUAUUUGCUGUUUAUAUUGUUCACAGUGAUCUGCUUUUUUAUUGUGCAUUGGCAUCAGCGAAUUUCUAGUUUAUCUGUGCAGUUGAAUAACCAAUUUUGUCUAACCAAUUGUACAGAGGAAACCAGACAUUCUUGCAUAGUUAUACAACUUAAUCUUCUCGCAACUAGCCUUUUGCAAUUACAUUGAAGGAAAAUUGCCCAAAAUCAUGACAUGGCAUGGCAUAUCAUAGCUGCAGACCAUGGGCCAUACAAUUAUCAUCAAUCCACAUUCAGCAACUCAUCAUCCAUGCUUUUGCUUAGCAUGAAACUGAUUAGUAUGUUUUUGCCUCCAGGCUUGCAUAAAGCUAUAAUUGGCUGGGUUUGGUGGUGCUAGUUUGUUUGCAGAAUAUUUUGAGACGGAGAAUGUAUCAGUGGUAUGAUCUGGGGAGUCAGAGUUCAGACUGCUGAAAGCUCCCAAGUUUCGGCAUAACCCUGUGGCGAAUGAGAUGUUUCACCUGGAGUUGUAGCUCCUGUUCUAAGGUGACUUGACACUAAUACCAUAAGCUUUUCAUUUUAUUGCAAGCUAGUUGCAGGCCAGUCGGAACAUUAGCAACAUAGCUAAGGUUUCUGUUCACAUCACUCCUUUUCAUUAUCUCACCCUCGUUAUUGGCAACCAAGUUAUGACUGUAAAACAUGGUCAAUGCACAGCCGACACAAUUUUCAGUUGGCAUGGUUGGUCAUAUGAGGAAAAUAUUGUCUGUCUUUUUGAACACAACAUAGGUGGAAAAUAUUAACAUAUCUCAACUUGGUUUAUUGGUAUCCUUUAGCAAAUUCUUGUAGUCCAAAAGUCAUUUUGGAAAAGAACAAUUCUAAGUGCUUUUGCCAGA